GUCGCAGCCUCAAGUCGUGUUGAUCGUUCGUUAGCGGGGUUGCACAAAGCAUUCUUGUGAAGGGCAUUUGCGAGCUUACCGAGGCAUAGACUGCUACUGUUGUGUACGCUGCAAUCGCGGCAUACAGCGGAACCAGUCACUGCGAAAGCCAGCAGCAUCCACCAUCGAAGUAUCGCCCGUCAACACUGGUCAAGCAGUCUUUCGCACGCACCUGCUAAUCAGCAAUGGCAUCGAGACUACGAAAAUUCGGCGUGACAGCAGCCGGUAUAGCGAUAGGCGCUGCUCUGUCCACCUAUGCCCUACAGCACAAAGAUACGCCUCAGUAUCAGGUUCAAAUGGAGGAAAUGCAACGUGUUCGGCGUAAGCGUACACUGCCGCCACGAUCAGAACAGAUCCGGGCGCUGCAGAGUGGUGAAGAGUACGAUGUGCUGAUCAUCGGUGGCGGAGCCACUGGUGCUGGCUGUGCGCUGGAUUCGGUCACCCGAGGUCUUAAAACGGCGCUGGUUGAAGCGGAUGACUUCGCUAGUGGCACCUCGUCCCGAUCUACCAAGCUCAUCCACGGUGGCGUACGAUACCUGCAGAAAGCAAUUCUCGGCCUGGAUAUCGAGCAGUAUCGUAUGGUCAAAGAGGCAUUACACGAGCGUGCUUCAAUGUUGCGGUCGGCACCACAUCUGACGCGACCUCUGCCGAUCAUGCUACCCGUUUACACCUGGUGGCAGAUCCCGUACUUCUGGGUCGGUAUCAAGGCGUACGAUUUCGUUGCGGGCGAUCGUAAUGUGAAAAGUUCGUACUAUCUAUCGAGGGCUGACGCGCUCGAGCUCUUCCCCAUGUUGCGCGGUGAUAAACUGUGCGGAGCUAUCGUGUAUUACGACGGGCAGCAGGACGAUGCGCGUAUGAACUUGGCCAUCGCACUGACCGCGGCCCGCCACGGCGCCUCAAUCACGAAUCACGUCGAGGUGUUGGAGCUGUUGAGGAAAAAGGGCACCGACGGCAAGGAUGUGCUGUGUGGAGCUAAGGUUCGCGACAACAUAAGCAAAAAAGAAUGGACGAUUAAUGCAAAGUGUGUCAUUAAUGCGACCGGUCCGUUCACGGAUUCCAUCCGCAAGAUGGAUAACCCGACGGUGAAGGAAAUCUGCUGCCCCAGCUCCGGUGUGCAUAUCGUACUGCCCGGCUACUACAGCCCGCAGCAGAUGGGUCUGCUCGAUCCGGAUACUUCUGAUGGACGUGUGAUCUUCUUCCUGCCCUGGCUAAACGGCACAAUCGCAGGCACGACCGAUUCGCCGUGCGAUGUAACGCGCACUCCAACCCCCACCGAGGACGAAAUUCAGUUCAUCCUGAGCGAAAUCAAGAACUAUCUCAACAAGGACGUAGAUGUGCGCCGCGGUGAUGUGCUAUCGGCAUGGAGUGGCAUCCGACCGCUCGUAUCCGACCCGAACAAGGAAGAUACUCAAUCGCUGGCCCGUAACCAUAUCGUGCACGUAAGCGAUUCCAAGCUGGUCACGAUCGCAGGCGGUAAGUGGACGACCUUCCGUGCCAUGGCGGAGCAUACGAUCGAUGCCGCGAUUAAGGCGUGCAAUCUUAAGCCCGAGCGCGGCUGUGUCACUGAUGGGCUGUGGAUUGAGGGGGCCCAAGGGUGGACACCGACCAUGUACAUUCGUCUGGUACAGGAUCUGGGGCUGGAAGUGGAGGUGGCCAAACAUCUCGCCAUAUCUUACGGCGAUCGUGCGUUUGCCGUUGCCAAGCUGGCUACACUGACUGGCAAGCGGUGGCCUAUCAUUGGUAAGAAGCUGCAUCCAGAGUUUCCGUACAUCGAUGCAGAGGUGCGUUACGGUAUUCGCGAGUAUGCGUGCACUUGUGUGGACAUGAUCUCGCGCCGACUGCGGUUGUCGUUCUUGAACGUGCAGGCCGCGCUGGAAGCGCUUCCCAUGAUUGCGGACAUCAUGGCAGAGGAACUGAAAUGGUCGAAGGACGAAAAGGAACGCCAGAUAAAGAGUUGCGAACACUUCUUGCAAACGCAGAUGGGUCACCAGGCUAACCGCACUCUGAAGGAGAAGGUACCGAUCAAUCUAGGCAAGCAAGAGGUGGACAUGUACGUGAAGCGCUUCGAGACUAUCGAUAAGGAGAAGAAGGGUUACGUGUCGAUUACCGACAUUAAGCGUGCCAUGAAGUCGUUCGGAGACGCAGAAGUUAGCGGCGAAGAGCUGCACGACAUUCUGAAGGAAAUUGAUACCAACAUGAACGGACAGGUCGAGUUAGAGGAGUACCUACAGAUGAUGUCAGCAAUCAAAUCCGGCAACGUGUCGCACUCACGGUUUGCGGCGGUCGCGGAACAGGAGGAAAUCCGCAAGGAACAGGAACGUCUACGAAAGCAGAUCACCAUCGAACGUUCUGGAGCCACUAGUCAACGAAAGUGAAACUAAAAUUAUACGUAUUUGUGUCCUCGAAACGGCGCCACUAAAGCAUGUACUACUACCCACACCACCAACAUUUACCCAAAGCACAUUUGCCAGCCCUUUUGUGCAUACGUGAGGUUGCAAACCAAAGCACUUAAAACAAAAAACCUCAUUAAGAAACCUUUCCCUUGUUGUUAACAUGACUGCGGAUUAUUUGUGCAAUCACAUUUGCGCAAUGGUCUGCAGUCGCCUGUCAAUUUGUACAUGAUUCCUGGAUUGUACCGUUCGUACAAACAGUGAACUUAUCGCAGAAAGUGUUAUUCUAAUCGUUCAAGCGUGCAGCUACCAAAAAACGACAUAAUUUAUUCUACUUAGUAAGAACAUACUGAUGUACAUAUACAUUCGUUUUAAGUCACUGUGGCGUUCUAACUAUGAACAACGUACGCGCAUCACCUCGCUCGGAUGUCGUUUAGUGUGUGUGGAUAUUUUUUGUAACACCAAAACCAAAACUUAACCCUCCGAGAGAGAAUCUCGUACAAAAGACAACGCCUAGAAUACCGUGAAGCCUUCGACGCUAGUAUGUUUUUUUUUAUGUACUUACAAUGACACACACCACAAAUGAUCGGCUUUUAUCACCAUUGAUACAAACAGGACUCAUGUUUUGCACACGCGGAUUCGUAAGAGUUCAAAGCCAUGUGCCAUAGCAACCUUAAAUCAAGAACGCAGCCGCUACUUGUGAGAUUGGAUUUUCUAUACACGCUUGCAGAAAUGGACGAGUUCCUCGAUCUGAGCAUCAUCAACAACAACAACAACAACACAAACACUACUCAUCCUGUAUGUCCAUCCGUUCUGAUUGAUCGGUAAAUUGCUGUUAGGGUAGGAUAUGAAACACGUACAUGGAACGUUGAACCACUUUCGAUCUUUUUCAUCAAAUUUUAUUGUUUGAAUCAUACGACAAAUUCGUAAUCACAUUACAUUAUCGCUUGGCGUUGAAGUCAUCAUCGAAGGUCAUUGAAUUAUUGCUUACAUCGAUUAAAGCGGUUGUUGAAAACGAAGUAAAUGUAUCGUCCGUUAAAAACUGUACUUUAAAAACGUGUUUAAAGUGCACUUUUUGGUUUACAGUUUAUGUUUGGUUACGUUUGAAGAAGAAUUUUAAUAUUAAUAGCUAAGAUAUAAUUGAACGAAAUAUCGAAAUAAAAGUUACGCGUAAUAAAUCUCAAUCUGA